CAUCAUGGGUACUGUUUUUGUCGGUCCAAAAUGGCGUCGAGCCGAGCAUCCAUUUCAUCAACACCGAAAAAAGCCUCUAUCACUCCGGACUCAACCGGUGUGGGACAAAAAGGAUGGGGCAAACAGGCGACGCAGAGACUUUAUACCAAGGAAAUAUUCUCAAAUGAUCCACUUUUGAAGAGCUUAGAGGGAAAAAUUGCUGUUGGGUUUGGCGAUUAUAAGCCCUGGCAACGGACAAGUCUCCCUAGAAACCGUCCUUUAUUGCCCUCUAGAGAGACUCCUGUACAAAAACGGACUCCGAGCCGGCCAAUUUCCGGAUGGAAUACUGUAUCAGCUCUUAGUCGCACACCUGGGUCGCGAGCUGGGGGAAUAACAGUGGGAGAAAGGCCGUACAGUGCGGCGACGCAACGGACCAACUGCUCUUCGGUAUGCGCGCAUCCUUGGACGAAAAAACCGCCACCAGUGGACGAUGGCGCAUUCAAACGACAUCUCAAGUUAAUAUCUAUAUUAGAGGUGCAAAUAAAAACAAGGGAAAGAUCAAUCGAGGAUUAUCAACAACGCAAGAAAGAGCUACUUAAGGAUAAUAUUGAUCUGAAAUCUCAGAUUGAAGGCUCAGAGCAAUAUGUGCACAAUGACGUAAAGGAGUUACUCAAGAAGUAUGACAGAUUUAGGGGUGCCCUUUCAACCCUCAACAAGACGUUUGAGGAUGAUUUAGUUAAUGCAAGAAAACAGCUAUCAAGUGCAAAGCUAAAAGUUGACAAAGAUAUAGCAGAGUUGCAGUACCAACUGAAUCUACUGGAUGCAAAAGUACAGAAAAAGCUAGAGGAAGUCAAAGUAUUACUUAACUAUAAGGACAAAGAGUACCCUGUCAAGGCACUGAUGAUAGCAAAGCUGAAACGCAAGAAGGAGAUAUUAAACACAGCAUUCAAGGAAGAACUAGAGGAACUACAAGCUGUCAUUGACACGGAAACCAGCAAGUUCAGUGAAGGGCGUAGAAUCGCCAAGGACACUAUUAAAGCAAACAUUACAGAGGAAACCAUUCAAUCAAUGAAUAAGAACAUCCAAGAUAUGGCAUUACAAAACAUGAUAAUGAAGAAGGAAAUUGAAAUCCAUAAGAAAGAAGUUGAACUUGUUGAAAAACACAAUGAGGAGAUGGAGAAUGAGAUCUCUCAGUUGCUGGAGAGCCCCGAAUUGGAUACCAAGGCACAAAUGUUCCCAGGGGUCUUCUCACAGAGGGAAAAAUGUACACCAGGCAUGGACAUUGUACUGGACAUACCAGUCCAGGAGUGGUUACCCAUCUAAGGUUUCUGACAAGCUGUCAUCAGAAUCUUACUUUUUUAAGAAAAUGACAUUGUGAAAUUUUUCUCAGACUAUGAUAUACAGUAAAAACAGGAAUGAAAAAAAAAACUGACAUACUGGCAUACUGACAUACUGUGUCUCCACAUGUGUUGAUAGACAAAUGCUGUCUUCCUCCUGCCUAAGGGUAGUUCAAUAGGCUGAUCCAUACUGGCCAAUGUCAUGCAAUCUCCAGAUUAUGUCAUGAAUUCCAUACUGGCCAAUGUCAUGCAAUCUCCAGAUUAUGUCAUGUAAUCCAUACUGGCCAAUGUCAUGCAAUAUCUCAAUCUCCAGGUUUACUACAAGCUUCCCACAUAUAUGAAAUACAGUAGAACUUCAAAAAGGCUGGUUGAUUAAUUAAGUAAUAAAAUAUUUAUGUAUAUUUAAAAUGUAAAUAGAUUACUUGAUUGUACAUAUUACCUUUUUUAUAUUGUCAUUGAAGACAAAGUCUGGAAAUGUUAACAGAAAAAAAUAAUAAUAAAAAGAUGGGCAAAUGUGAA